AUGUGGCGGUCUUUGUGACAUUGAUGUUUCUUGCGUGGCCGGGUGCAUCUGUGCCGGGGCCUGUGUGUGUGUGUGUGUGUGUGUGUGUGUGUUCCGGGGCGGCCCUCCCAGCGUCUUUGUGACGUGUACGUGUCCCCGGCUGCUGAUGGCUGGCCACCUUUGUAUGUGAUGUGCAGUGCGUGUCAGCUGCGUGUGGGCUGUGUGUGCCUGGCAGAUGCGGCCUAGCAUAUAGCAGACAUGUCCGGGGCAGUGGCCUGCCACAGCAGUCCUCCACGGGGAAUGUGGGCCCUGCAGGCGCCCCAGGCCACCGCCACCGAGGGCCGCCACCACCUCCACCUCCUGGCCAUCCUGGACAAGAUGCCUGCGCCCAGCGCCCUCAUCCUCUUCGCGGCCGUCUCCGCCUCCGGCUGCCUGGCGUCCCCGGCCCACCCCGAUGGAUUCGCCAUGGGCCGGGCCCCUCUGGCUCCUCCCUACGCUGUGGUCCUCAUUUCGUGCUCAGGCCUGCUGGCCUUCAUCUUCCUCCUCCUCACCUGUCUGUGCUGCAAACGAGGGGAUGUGGGUUUCAAGGAGUUUGAGAACCCUGAAGGGGAGGACUGCUCCGGGGAGUACACUCCCCCCGCCGAGGAGACCUCCUCCUCACAGUCCCUGCCUGAUGUCUACAUCCUCCCGUUGGCUGAGGUCUCCCUGCCGAUGCCUGCCCCGCAGCCGUCACACUCAGACAUGACCACCCCCCUGGGCCUCAGCCGCCAGCACCUCAGCUACCUGCAGGAGAUCGGCAGCGGCUGGUUUGGGAAGGUGAUCCUGGGAGAGAUCUUCUCCGACUACACCCCAGCCCAGGUGGUGGUGAAGGAGCUCCGGGCCAGUGCCGGGCCGCUGGAGCAGCGCAAGUUCAUCUCGGAAGCACAGCCAUACAGGAGCCUGCAGCACCCCAAUGUCCUCCAGUGCCUGGGCCUGUGUGUGGAGACGCUACCUUUCCUGCUCAUCAUGGAGUUCUGCCAGCUGGGGGACCUGAAGCGUUACCUGCGGGCUCAGCGGCCGCCCGAGGGCCUGUCCCCGGAGCUGCCCCCUCGGGACCUGCGGACACUGCAGAGGAUGGGCCUGGAGAUCGCGCGUGGGCUGGCGCACCUGCACUCGCACAACUACGUGCACAGCGACCUGGCCCUGCGCAACUGCCUGCUGACCUCCGACCUCACCGUGCGCAUUGGAGACUACGGGCUGGCCCACAGCAACUACAAGGAGGACUAUUACCUGACCCCAGAGCGCCUGUGGAUCCCGCUGCGCUGGGCAGCGCCCGAGCUCCUCGGGGAGCUGCACGGCACCUUCAUGGUGGUGGACCAGAGCCGUGAAAGCAACAUCUGGUCUCUGGGGGUGACGCUGUGGGAGCUGUUUGAGUUUGGGGCCCAGCCCUACCGCCACCUGUCUGACGAGGAGGUCCUGGCCUUCGUGGUGCGCCAGCAGCACGUGAAGCUGGCCCGGCCGAGGCUCAAGCUGCCCUACGCUGACUACUGGUAUGACAUCCUGCAGUCCUGCUGGAGGCCACCUGCCCAGCGCCCCUCGGCCUCCGACCUGCAGCUGCAGCUCACCUACCUGCUCUCGGAGCGGCCCCCCCGGCCCCCCCCGCCGCCACCCCCACCCCGAGACGGCCCCUUCCCCUGGCCCUGGCCGCCGUCCCACAGCGCGCCACGCCCUGGGACCCUGUCGUCCCCCUUUCCUCUUCUGGAUGGCUUCCCGGGCGCUGACCCAGAUGAUGUGCUCACCGUGACCGAGAGCAGCCGCGGCCUGAACCUCGAGUGCCUGUGGGAGAAGGCCCGGCGGGGGGCAGGCCGGGGCGGUGGGGCACCGCCCUGGCAGCCUGCGUCUGCACCCCCAGCCCCCCAUGCCAACCCCUCCAACCCCUUCUACGAGGCAAUGUCCACGCCCAGUGUGCUGCCCGUCAUCAGCGCUCGCAGCCCCUCCGUGAGCAGCGAGUACUAUAUCCGCCUGGAGGAGCACGGCUCCCCGCCCGAGCCCCUCUUCCCCAACGACUGGGACCCCCUGGACCCAGGCGUGCCCGCUCCCCCGGCCCCUCAGGCCCCUUCCGAGGUCCCCCAGCUCGUGUCCGAGACCUGGGCCUCCCCGCUCUUCCCGGCGCCUCGGCCCUUCCCGGCCCAGUCCUCCGCCUCGGGCAGCUUUCUGCUGAGCGGCUGGGACCCCGAGGGUCGAGGCGCCGGGGAGACGCUGGCAGGAGACCCCGCCGAGGUGCUGGGGGAGCGGGGCACCGCCCCCUGGGCCGAGGAGGAGGAGGAGGAAGAGGAGGAGGAGGAAGGCAGCUCCCCGGGCCAGGACAGCAGCAGCCUUGGAAGGGGGCCCAGCCGCCGGGGGGCCCUGCCCUGCCCCUUGUGCAGCCGCGAGGGAGCCUGCUCCUGCCUGCCCCUGGAGCGAGGCGACGCUGUGGCUGGCUGGGGGGGGCACCCCGCCCUUGGCUGUCCCCACCCCCCCGAGGACGACUCGUCCUUACGGGCAGAACGGGGUUCCCUAGCCGACCUCCCCUUGGUCCCCCCCGCCUCGGCCCCCCCCGAGUUUCUGGACCCCCUUAUGGGGGCGGCGGCGCCCCAGUACCCCGGGCGGGGGCCACCUCCCGCUCCCCCCCCCCCGCCGCCGCCUCCCCCCCGGGCACCCGUGGACUCGGCCGCGUCCCCCGACCCCUCGUCGGCCGUGGCCAGUCCCGGCUCAGGCCUUUCGUCUCCGGGCCCCAAGCCGGGGGACAGCGGCUACGAGACCGAGACCCCUUUUUCCCCCGAGGGAGCCUUCCCGGGUGGGGGUGCGGCCGAGGAAGAAGGGGUCCCUCGGCCACGGGCUCCCCCCGAGCCACCCGACCCAGGAGCGCCCCGGCCACCCCCAGACCCGGGUCCCCUCCCGCACCCAGGGACCCGGGAGAAGCCGAACUUCGUGGUUCAAGUGAGCACAGAGCAGUUGCUCAUGUCCCUGAGGGAGGACGUGACAAGGAACCUCCUAGGGGACAAGGGGGCGACACCCCGGGAGACAGGACCCCGGAAGGCGGGGAGAGGCCUCGGGAACAGAGAGAGAGUCCCCGGCCUGCCCCGGGACCUGCCAGCCCCGGGCAGCGGGAAGCCAGCCCCAAGCCUGCCCCACUCUGUGAACGGGGAGACGGUGCUGGAGACCGGGGCCCAGAGAGCCCCCAGGGCAGAGGAGAAGGCAGCAGAGAACGGGCCUCUGGGGUCCCCCGAGAGAGAAGAGACAGCGCUGCAGAAUGGGGAGCUGACACCCCCAAGGAGGGAGGAGACGCUGGCGGAGAACGGGCCUCUGGGGUCCCCCGAGAGAGAAGAGACAGCGCUGCAGAAUGGGGAGCUGACACCCCCAAGGAGGGAGGAGACGCUGGUGGAGAAUGGGGCCCCGAGGCUGCUCAGGAGCAUGGAGAAGCCUGUGGAGACUGGGCCACGGAGAGCCCCCGGGCCCUGGGGGGAGAUGCCCGAGAAUGGGGAGCCAGUCCCAGAGGCCGGGCUGGAGACAGCCCCCACAGCCAGCACGGCGGACUCACCCCAGAGCGGGUCGCAGACGGGCCAUGGCCCCCUUGGCCCAGUCCCCAGGAGCGGGACGCCGGGUCCCGGGACAGAGAGGAGAGCCCUCGAGACUGGGGGGGCGCUGAGAGCCCCCGGGGCUGGGAGGCUGGACCCCGGGAGUGGGGGCCGAGCCCCAGUGGGCACGGGGACGGCCCUCGGCGGCGGCCUAGAAAGCGGCGUGGACGCAAAGGCCGCGUGGGCAGACAGCACGAGGCCGCCGCCGCCACCGCCACUGCCCCCGGAGGCACAGCCGAGGAGGCCGGAGCCAGUGCCGCCGAGGGCCAGGUCGGAGCCGGCAUCCGAGGCCGAGCCCGGGCUCCCAGACAGCAAGGCCGGAGGAGACACGGCACCCAGCGGAGACGGGGACCCCCCCAAGCCCGAGAGGAAGGGCCCCGAGAUGCCACGGCUAUUCCUGGACCUGGGACCCCCACAGGGGAACAGCGAGCAAAUCAAAGCCAAGCUGUCGCGGCUCUCGCUGGCCCUGCCGCCCCUCACGCUCACGCCGUUCCCGGGGCCGGGCCCACGGCGGCCCCCGUGGGAGGGCGCGGACGCCGGGGCAGCUGGCGGGGAAGCCGGCGGGGCGGGGUCGUCGGGGCCGGCGGAGGAGGACGGGGAGGACGAGGAGGACGAGGACGAGGACGAGGCGGCGGGGCCGCGGGGCCCCGGGAGGGCGCGGGCAGCCCCGGUGCCCGUCGUGGUGAGCAGCGCCGACGCGGACGCGGCCCGCCCGCUGCGGGGGCUGCUCAAGUCGCCGCGCGCGGCCGACGAGCCCGAGGACAGCGAGCUGGAGAGGAAGCGCAAGAUGGUCUCCUUCCACGGGGACGUGACCGUCUACCUCUUCGACCAGGAGACGCCAACCAACGAACUGAGCGUCCAGGGCCCCCCCGAGGCGGACACGGACCCGUCCACGCCUCCAGCGCCCCCGACGCCUCCCCACCCCGCCACCCCCGGAGAUGGGUUUCCCAGCAACGACAGCGGCUUUGGAGGCAGUUUCGAGUGGGCGGAGGAUUUCCCCCUCCUGCCCCCUCCAGGGCCCCCCCUGUGCUUCUCCCGCUUCUCCGUCUCGCCUGCGCUGGAGACGCCGGGGCCCCCCACCCGGGCCCCCGACGCCCGGCCCGCAGGCCCCGUGGAGAACUGACUCCCCGAGGACCCGACCCCCUUGCGCCCCCAGAAGAGGGGUUCAGGGUAGAAUCUUCUGUGGACGACGGAGCCACUGCCACCAACACAGACGCUGCAGCUGCCGCUGCCUCCGCCUCUGGGGAGGCCGCCGA